ACGAGCGAGCGCGUUUCGUUGAGCGCUGUCUUCGCGAAUGUCACAAAAAGAAAACCUUUAGAAAACUAAUCGUUUAUUGUGUGAAAUAAACUGUAAUUGCUGCUGUUUUUACUAUUUAUUGUGUUAACACACGGAUGGAAUUUCUUCAUUGUAAACUCGACGCCGAGGAGUCUCUAAACAGAUUUCCAGUCAUAUGACCCGCGAGCGUCUAUGGAAUAAUCUAAAUAUAAGCUAAAAAUAUAUACACACAUAUAUAUAUAUAUAUUAUAUAUAUAGUUUAAGCGUAAAUAUGGCGCGUCACAUAGUUACAGUAUGUAUGUUCUGCCUGCUAUGCGCUGCGCACACUUGCGGUUCACACAUCGAUAUACAAAAAGAUGGAGUGCUAACAUACGAUCCGAGUAUCGACGUGGAACAUUCGAAUCUGAUAGAAGAAAAGAGAAGAGAGGAAUCCAAAGCUAGAUAUCAUCAGAAAUUGCAGAAAAUCCGACAGAGAGAUAGGACGAAGAGAGACGCGAAGGUUGAUCCGAAUUCGUAUUAUUCGGAGCAAAUUUUGAAACUGUACGGCGAAGAUGGUGGUGUGACCAUGAAUUUGACGGGUUUCAACAGGAUGCUGGACAAGUUGGAUUUGGGGAAGCUGAAGGUGGGGAGGGAGGAGAAGAAUGAGAAGAUAACGCAUAUUGGGCAGACGGCGACUGAUACUGAAAUUGUUAGUUGUGUGGGCAGCGAAGAGUUAAUAAGCACUGUAAAUACCCGGUUAAAACCACACGGCCAUCAUGACGAUCAUGAAACUGACGCGAUUAUCACAAAAGAUACCUUACAAGACGUCUGCCCCAUUCUUCUAUAUCACAAAGUAGCUGAUAAUGUUCUAGAACUUAACAAUUGCGUUAUAAGAAACAAUUUAGACAAGAGAAAUAGGCGAAAAGACGAUACGCAGUUGGAUUUAGCAGAAGGGAAGAAUAUGUACGCCGUUUGGUUAUAUUCUUCUUUAAGUAUAGCAGCUAUUAGUGCUUGUGGUUUAUUAGGAGUAGCAGUUAUACCUAUAAUGCAUAAGACAUAUUACAAUCACCUUUUACAAUUUCUAGUAGCGUUAGCCGUGGGCACUUUGUGUGGUGAUGCGUUAUUACAUUUGAUGCCUCACGCGAUGAGUCCAAUGGACGAUGAAACGGCACAUUCGCACGAUGACGGUAUGUGGAAAGGAUUAGCCGCCAUGUUGGGCGUUGUAUUCUUCUAUUUCACCGAAAAAGGUUUAACUGUAGUCGUGGAAUGGAGGAAACGCAGGCAGAAAUUGGAAGAUGGCAAGUUGCCGACCAGAGUGAGAGUUCUGAAAGAUGAUAACACUGAAGUGUCCGCGUCCAAAGUGAACAAUUCGUCGUCACUGAUGAAGAUAUUCAAACGGGAUGAGAAAGGUGAUCCCACAACGAAGACGUGUAAGCACAAGUAUUCGGAGUAUCCUUAUUGCUACGAUGAAAUUGAUACUGACACGCACGAUGACCAUCAUUUGAGGGACGGUCAGAUACCGCCCAGUCCGCAACCUAAACAUAACAAUUCUGUCAGCGUGGUGUCGUCCAAUGCUUUGAACACGGAGGGCAAAGAAGAGCCUACCGCUAAAGAUUGGCUGCUGAAGGAGUCUCCGGCUGUUGUAGAAAUGAACAAUAUCAAACAUAAAGAGGAUGGUGCUAAAGAUUUGAAGGACGGUGAUAGUUACACUGUCAUAUUGAGGGAGCACUCCAGGGCCCACCACGGGCACUCGCACGCGCACGGCCACGUGCACGCGCCCCCCUCCUCCAUGUCGUCGGUCGCGUGGAUGGUCAUCAUGGGGGAUGGACUGCAUAAUUUUACGGACGGAAUGGCUAUUGGCGCCGCUUUCCAAUCGAACAUAGCUGGUGGUUUUUCUACGGCCAUAGCGGUGUUGUGUCACGAACUACCCCACGAGUUGGGCGACUUCGCUGUCCUACUAAAAGCGGGCAUGUCAGUGAAACGCGCCGUUUGCUACAACGUGCUGUCUUCAGCGCUGUGCCUGCUGGGCAUGGUGUGCGGGGUGGCGGUCGGCGACACGCCCGCCGCCACCCGCUGGCUGUUCGCCAUCGCCGCCGGCACGUUCCUGUACAUCGCGCUGGUGGAUAUGAUGCCGGAGCUGAGCACGUCUCACAGCAACGAGGGGACUCUGUGCCAGUGCAUACUCCAACUGAUGGGCCUGGCAACUGGUAUAGGGGUCAUGCUGGUCAUAGCUAUGUACGAGCACGACCUGAAGAACCUGUUCGGUUGAUCGGUGAUUAUACGAGCGAAUGUACUUAUAUAGGGUGGGUAUUGUGACCAGAGAUCGCGGAAUAGGUAGAUUGAAUUGGGGUCAAUGAACUGAAACGUAUAUAUUAAUAUGGACAUUCCUCCGUCCGGGAUUGCGGGAUUUGUAAAUUAUUAAGAUUUUUUCCGGAAUUUUCACAAGUGGGAUGAAGAAUUUGUUAGUGGUAGCUGUUCCCCCCCGACUUCGUUCACGCAAAUUGUAGUCCUAUGUUACCCGCGGACAAUGUUGUUUACUGUUAGUGUGAGUACUGAAAUGGAAUCCCGGAAAAGAGGCUUAUCCAUGUUAUGCUUUCUAUGGUAAUUCAUGAUGCAAGCACAUAAAAUCAAUCUACCUAUUCCGAUCUCUGAUUAUGACCUACUCUUUUGUCAGUGUGUGAAAUGAUGAGGGCGGAGGGGUAGGCGUCUUUUAAGUGAAAGGUUUGUGUUGAAAUAAUGUAAUGUUAACAGUAUUCUUGUUUUUUUCGGGAUGAAAAUAUGUCUUGUGCACUGAAAACUAUUUAUAGUUAGUAAAAUUUCAAAGUUCCGUGGUUUUAACGUGGAAGACCAAAAAACUUAUUUUCUCAUUUGGAAUAUCAAUAUGGACGCCUUAUUUAUAUGUUUAUUAAGAAUUAUUAUUUCUUUCCUUGAGAUGAGAUUCACUAAGUAAAAAGUGACGACAAACUUAUAAAAAAAAAAAUUACUGUUUUUUUAAACAAAUUAACAAUACAGUAUUAUUAUUGGGACGCAUCUACCCACCCUCGCUAUAAUCAUGUGGACUUUAUGUCAAAAUGGAACAAAAUGUUAUGGACUGACAAAAUGUAUGUGAUUAGACUCUGAAAUGUAAUGCUUCAAAUCGCUAAUGUGAUUACACCGUCUCAACCGUUCAGUGUGAAUUAUCCUAUUGAAAUUGUAACACUCGGAAUAUAAAUUGAACCAAAAUGGCGCCGGUUCGCACAGGUGCUAUAACUGACAGAUGUCUACGACGAGCACAGUGCUGCCAAUUUUAUUCGUGUAUCGUUUUUUUUUUUAGAUUAAGGAUCUAAUAUGAUUCCCACUGCGCAAGCGCAAUUUAAGUGCAGCGCAAAGAUUUCCUAUGUUUCAAAAGUGAAGUGAUUUUAAAAACAAAAGUGUAAUGAAUAAAAAUAAUGUGACAACGGCAAAACAGUGAAAUAAGUGUCUUUUUUAUUCAUAUAUGUAUGUAUAAUUCAUAAACUAUGUUAAAUGAUAAAAAUCCAGUGAUUUUGUCAAUGUGAUUAUGAUAUCAAUUUGAUAAUAUUUUUGAGCAGUAAUCAGCGUAUAUAUAGCGUCAUUUUCAUGGAAAAUUUGUAAAAUAUAACGGACGCUAAAUUAUUAAUAGAUAAAUUUGUACUGAUGUGAUUUCAAAAAUGAUUUGUGUACCUAUGUAUAAGGAAAAUCACGACCAAAAUAUUCGAAAUUGUAAUUAUUUCAAUGAAAUAUUCAAUGAUUGUGCUUUAUUUUUUAAUUACGUAGUAUGUCAUUUUUAAUUCAAUAAAAACAGUUUUUUGAAUACAAAACAAAAUAAUAAUUAAUUUAAUUCAGUUUCCAUUUAUUGCUGUUGUGAAAAUUUGAUGUUUUAAUUUUAUUAAUAUACUUUGUUCGAGUGAUGGUCUGGUGAAGGAAACAGUUUACUCUUAAUCAAUGAAUUUCCAUAAAAAAUCAUGAAUAUAGUUGAAGCAAGUAUGCAGGGGUAGUGGAAAGAUGUAGUCUUUGCCUACCCCUCCGAGGAGUGAUCAUAUUUAAUAUAAUAACAAAAAUAUAUUUCAAAUAACGUAUCUGAAAUUUUGUCGGAAAAAGGGAAUAAGUAAAAGAAAUAGUUUUUUUUUAUUGAAUUAAAAAUAACAACACAUCCAAAUGAAUUAAUAUCAAUGUACUUAGCUCAAGUUAUACUUAAUGUAAAGCAUUUUUUUUUUGUUCGAAUAUAUAAAUUAAGUUAGUUGUAAAUAUAAUGUAAAUUCUGUUCUUCAAUUCUAGAUACUAUUAAAGAAAAUGAGUAUUAAAAAAUGUGUACCUACGUUAAACAUUUGUGCCUCCUUAAUUUUAAGUUAAGAUUGUGUUCUCUAUUCAGAACGCAUUCUGGGGAUUUUUAAAAAUAAAGAAGGCAUUUUAGAAAAUAUUUUCACUAACCUUUAGUUAUGCAUUGUUAUAUUAACCUUCAUACGAAAAUUAUUACGUUCAAAAAUGUAAUUGUUAAAAUAUCAGAGUUAACUUUUAUUAACAUAAGUGAUGAAUGUAAUAUGUAAAAUCAUAUAAGUAUGAAAAUAUCACCAAUAAAUAAUUAUAUCAGUUUAUGAUAAACGAAAUGAGGCCUAAAUCAUAAUGUACUUUUUAAAAAUUAUUUUUCAUCAUACUUAUCAUAAAAUGUGUCUAAUUUCAAUGUGUAUGUUAAGAUGUUAAUUAUUUAAAAUUAUUGUUAGUGAACUCUUAAAAGUGUCUAGAAUUAAAGAACAAUUUAAAAUCAAGAAAAUCUUGAAAUGGUUCCUUCUUAAGCUCGAUUCUGGGUGCUAAUAGCAUUCUUAGGUAAUUUACAAUAAAAAUCCAGUAAAUAUAU